AUGUAAUAUACCUUUUUGUUUUUAUAUCCGUUCAGUUAUGUUUCUUUGUGUGUCUGUUCGUAGAAGUCGUAAAGUUAUUUGCAUACUUUGUAUUCUCACGGUUACAUAGAAAUGAUGCUUUGCAAAAUGCUCCCACUUUCUCUUAAACGUAGGGUCUCAUUCUGUGUCCCGAGGAAAACAGAAUUAAACUGGUAAGCGAUGUUAUUCGAGAGCAAACUGGUAAAAGCUGCGUGGUCGUUAUCGGGGCUACAACAGCUGUCGAAGUGGCCAAACAACAUUUCACCGAGGCAACUAUCGGCUCCAAGAAUCUCACAUAUGCACAUGAAGUAAAAAGGCUUCUACAGAUGCAAUAUUGUACUGAAUGCUGAAAAUUCCUUGCUGUAUCAUGAGUACUGUUUUUGGAAUAAAGCAAUUAUUAUUAUUAUUAUUAUUAUUAUCCCCUGCCGACGCACACCUGAUAUCAGUGGUCGGCCUGCAAAAUUUCGGCUACCGAUAUCGCAUGUUGAAAAUUCCAUACUUGUACCGAAAAUACAGUGUGGCGUCAAGCUGUAAUCAAAAUAAAACAAAAAGAUAAAUAAAAUGUCACAAAAUUCCGGGUACAUCAAAAAAUAAACUCCAUAUUUUCAAAAGGCCUAACAAAUGGUACUUUCUUUAUGUCAAUAUUUUGCCUAUCAAUACAGUCCGAUUACCUCAAGCUUGUUAUAACUCAAGAUGAUGUUGGCGUGGAAUUGUGUGGAGCGUUGAAGAACGUCGUGGCGAUAGCUGCGGGAAUAUGUCACGGUUUAGAUUUAGGAGACAAUACUAAGGCUGCCGUAUUGCGUAUUGGAUUUUGGGAAGUAUCUGAACUAAUGAAAGAGUUGUUCCCUGACAGAGGUAUAAAUUAUUUAACAAUUGAACAAAGUUGUGGAAUAGCUGAAUUAUUUAUGUGUAAGUUGUUCAAUGUGUUAAAAAAGAGAAAAAUUGGUGAUUUUAUUUCCGAACUAACAAUAAUAGGAAAGUCAACUUUUCUGCUAUAAGGAUGAGUUGGCUUAUAAAUCAGUCAUUGUAACUAAAUGAGUGAAAAGUGUUACAAUUACUUUAUAUUGAAUGAAUUACAACUAAUUCUUUGAUAACUGCAAACUGAAUGGUUUUCAUUUGAUCAGGACAUGAUCGAUCAGUAGGAUUUAAACUGCAUUAGUUUUAUCGAAUUCCAUUAUGUGUAUAUGUUAACAGCACUUGAAUCAGUUAAACGAACUUCAACAUCCAGUCUAACCUA